AGGGGAGGCGGGGUGGAGGCGGGGCUUGGGGCUGAGAGAGGCUGUGGUGGGUAGGUGGGUUCAGACCGAGGGGACUACGGGUCGGCGUUGGGCUCAGUGGGCUCGAAACAAAGGGCUAUCCGGUGGGGACUCGCCGCGGCGCUUUCUGACGGGUCAGGUCGAGGUUUCUCGGCCUAGCAGUGCCCUCGCUGCGCGAUAUCAGGCGGGUUCUCCUCGGCUCCUCGCAGCUCGCGCCGCGGUAGGGGGCCCGGCGCAGCGGCACCUGCUGCCGAGGGACCCCGCAGCCCGCCCCGGUGCUCAUGAUGGGGCUGAUCUUCGCCAAACUGUGGAGCCUCUUCUGUAACCAAGAACACAAAGUAAUUAUAGUGGGACUGGAUAAUGCAGGGAAAACCACCAUUCUUUACCAAUUCUUAAUGAAUGAAGUGGUUCAUACUUCUCCAACCAUAGGAAGCAAUGUUGAAGAAAUAGUGGUGAAGAACACUCAUUUUCUUAUGUGGGAUAUUGGUGGUCAGGAGUCUCUGCGAUCAUCCUGGAACACAUAUUACUCAAACACAGAGUUCAUCAUUCUUGUUGUUGAUAGCAUUGACAGGGAACGACUAGCUAUUACAAAAGAAGAAUUAUACAGAAUGUUGGCUCAUGAGGAUUUACGGAAGGCUGCAGUCCUUAUCUUUGCAAAUAAACAGGAUAUGAAAGGGUGUAUGACAGCAGCUGAAAUCUCAAAAUACCUCACCCUUAGUUCAAUUAAGGAUCAUCCAUGGCACAUUCAGUCCUGCUGUGCUCUCACAGGAGAAGGGUUAUGCCAAGGUCUAGAGUGGAUGACCUCCCGGAUUGGUGUGAGAUAACUUUUUUGCUUGAAAGAGACUGCUCUAUUUAUUCUGUGACAUGAACAUUUUUUCCUAGUACCUUUGGCUGCUAAGGCAGCAGCAUGUUUAAUUUAUAACAACACAAACCUCUGAGAGCAACACUUGAAUCAAGUGCAGCUGAACUGGAACGUGAAAGGUUUUUUCUUAACUUUUUUUUUUUAAUACACUAAUCUUCAGUUGGAUGAACAUAAUGUAUAACUAUGUUUUCGGCAACAAUUCUUCUGUUUAUUCUAAUUAUUCAGUGACUACCUUGUAAGAAAUGUUUGUCAUAUGCGUGAUGUCGUCUGAAAUAUUCUUAUAACCUUAAUGACCAAUUGCUUUCAGUUCUUGACCACCACGCCCUCCCAACCAGAGAAUUACUGGUUUAAUAGAGUAGUCAUGGAAACCAUCAGGUACUGUCUGCAAACUUCUCCAGCACUAAAUAUUUGUUCCUUCUAUAAACCAUUCAUCUUUCGGACAGAACUUACUAUAAAGAAAGAAAUCUGCGUAGAGGAUAUAUGUAAAGAAGAUACCACAUCAUGAGUGCUUGCCUUUUAACUUCCCCCACAUUACUGCGAGUCAUGGAAUAUUUAAGUUGUUAUUUGCAUGGAAAUUAAGUAGGCUGUUUAUUUUUCUAAAGGAAUCAAGUUCACUCUUCUGCCUGCAACAUUUGGUCAAAAACUAACCAAGGUAAAAUAUUUAUUGAAAAGCCCAGCUUUGAUGUUAAAUAUUCUUGAAUAAAUCUGAUAUUUUAAGAACGUCACAUUAUUCAAUGCGUAUAAAACUAUCAGAAGUUAGUAAAGCAUACCAGCACUAAAAAUAAGACAAUUGGAAUAUAUUUUAGUCUCAGUUUACAAACAACUUUAUUAUCAACAGAAAUUUUAGCUCUUUUCUUUGCAAGAUAUAUCACAGCUACUUUGGGCAGUAGCUAAAGCUGAAGUAUAAACAGUCCAUUUUGUGUCUUACAAUUUGAAGUUGCGUCUGUCAUAACAUUUUUACCACCAGCAGUAUAUUACUUUAAAAAACUACAUGGCUUUCCUUGAAUUUAUUUGACGGUAUUACGUAAUAGACUUGAAACAAUUGCCAUCUUUUAGAAUAUUAAUAUGAUACUCAAAGUUAAUAUUCUUAACAACUUAUAAAUUAAAAAGUCAUCAUCUAUCAAAAGUUUAUUGGAUGGCAUUAAAAUGUUUUUGAGGCAGUUGUCUAAUAUGAACAAUAAUCGAGACAGUAUAUUCCUUAAGAGGAAAGACAAGUGUUGUAUUUCGAUCCUGUUUAUUCAAAUGUGUGAUUUUGCUGAAAUGAAAGGGAUAAAAUGAAUACUUAGAGAAUAAUACUUCAUUUUUGCAGUAUUUUUUAAUUUUGAUGAAAAAGAUUCAGUGUUCGUAAUAUCAAAAUAUGUUUUCAAAAUUGGUAUUUUAUUUUUAAUAUUUUUGUAGGUUGAUUUAAAUUUUGCUCUUUUUUCAGGUGUUCUUGAUUUAUUAUAUUUAGUCAAGUUAAUUUAGUCAAAUGUGGUAACAUUUUUCUGAUUUAUCUUUAGUUGUAGCACACCCUUGACCUGAACAGUGGCCAGAGGAAAGCUUUCUGGGCUUUGGAAAGCAGUUAACUUUGUUUUAAACCUUUUUCUUAGUGAUUCUAUAUCAAGUAGAGGAUAAGUUUAGUUUAACUUAGUUUUUAAUAUAACCCAUAAUCAAGAACAUGAGCAAAAAGCAGACAUAAAUCAAUAUGGAUGCUUUGUGGUGUCUGUGCGGUGUGGGGGAAUUAAGAAAAUGCCAUUUACCUAAGCACAGUUUGCCUGAAUUUCUACUUGGUUAUGUUGUUUACCAUAAGUACUGAGGAUAAUUCCCCUAAGUCUGUCCUGAGAAAAAGCAUACUUAGUACUCCUGUAUUUGUUCUUAUGAAAUGAUUAUCUGCCUUCUUGUAUCUAGUAAGACUGGCUGGCUCAAUUUUCUUCUGUCAGAUUAUAUGGUUAUUUUUUAUAUUGCCACAUCAGCAUUAUAUUAAAAGUGUUUUUAAUAGUUGAUUGUAUUUUGCCAACUACUAGUAUAGACUCAAAUUUGCUAUUUAAUUUUUAAAAUAAAAUACAAUUUAUUUUCUAAAUCCUUUAAAAAAUAUUUGGUUAGUUUUGGAUUAGAAGUGAUUUAUGUUAGCCAUGUGUUGAAGAUGAAAUUGGCAUCAGUGUAGACUGUGCUGAUUGGGAAAAGUUCAUGAUUAGGAAAUUCAUGUAAGACUUUUUAAGAGUAUUUUUUAGGUUUUCACUGAAUCUUUCCUGUUACAGUAGCGUGAAAACCGAUUAUUCUUUACUCCAAGAGAAUGUUUUAACCCAAGCAAGUAUCUAAUACUAGAGUAUUGCUUCUGACAUUCAUUGUAAAUCAAUGAACUAUAAGAUACUGUCUGAAAAAUGUACAUUUGUAAUUAGUGCCUUUAUUCAUAUUUUGAAAUACAUUCUUAGUUUUUUACCUGUUCUUUGGAAGUCACAUUAGCAGCUCAUUAUUUCAAUGAUGAAAUACUUUUGUUUCAUAUCCCCCUUCACCUCCAUGUAUUGGCUAGCACAGUUUAGAGUAAGUGAAAAGCAGGGGACCCACCUACAUUACCCUCAGGAGACUGUUCUGCCUUUUAUUUUUAAUUUGAAAAUAAGGAAAUUAAAUUUUAACAGAAAUCUUUUCAGUAUGUUAUAACCAAAGUGUUCAGUUAUCUUUGCAAGUUCAAAUACAGCAUUUUUCUUAAUUUUGAGCAUGUCAUGUCCUUCAUUUUUAAACCCAUCAUUCAUACUGAAGCCCAUUUGAGAACUCUUAGAAUGAAUAGAACCUUUUAUAAGGGAAUAUACUGAAUAUUUUUUAUUGUUAAUGUAACUUAAUUCCUUAAAACCUGGAAUAUUAAUAUAUAUAAUCUAUUAAAAACUGAAGAUGAAAUAUGUAAUUUUUGCUUGUAGUUUCUUGUGUUAGUAUGCUUAAAGGUAUCAAUAUUUUUAUUCUAUAUUCAUUAGAAGAAAGGUAAGAAAUUUAAGUUUCAUUGCUGAAAAAUUUUCAGUGGGUGCCACCCCAUAGCCAUAGUCAUUUUGAUUAAGCAUAAUUUAACUUUCAUUAUAGCAUAAACAGAAAAUAAGUAUUUUACUAUGGAAACAGUGAUAGGCAGUGCUGUAAACAAUAUUCUCUGAAAAGUUGUGGGGGUCACAAAGAAAAUUUUAAAGAAUAUAGAAGCUUUUUAAAAAAAUCUUUGUAGUUUCUUAGGACAAAUUAUAAAUAUAAUUGUUCUGAAUAAUCAAUUUUUAUUUAGUCCUUAACUAUGUAAAACCAUAUCAGUAGAAAAAUGUACUGGUGUCAUGUCUAAAGAUGGAUAAAUUUCAUUGGAAUUUACCUUUGAAGACUAACUUUAUGAGGCAGACCGUUCGUCUAUGGCUUUGGAACCAAAAAAACUUCACCCUGAUUCAGUUCUAAAGGCUGUUUUACAUUUUGCCGGGGUAAAGUGACUUCAAGAUACAGCAUGGUGUCUUGUAUAUAGUAGAAUAUUGUGCUAUCUAAAAAAGUGGAUUUGAGCCCUAAUUUGGCCAUUUCUCAAUUGUCUGGUUGACCUUAGACAAUUCGUGUCCACGGUUUUCCUUUUGUUUUUCUCAUACUGAGAAACUUAAACUACAGUUCUAAAAUGUCUUUUGGUUUUAAAAUUCUGAAUUCUUAUAUACUACUAUUAAAAAUUAAAAAUCCUCCAUAUAGUAAGGAAAUACAUGUAAUAUGAAAUUAAAUGUAUCUUUAUCCAUUAUUUGAUUCCCACCUGUUAUUUUAUUUAGACUAUGAAUACAGUCAAGUAGGGAAAAAAGUACCAGUAACUGCUAUUCAACUUAAAUUCAGCGAAUAGCUAAUGACAAUGCAAAAGAGAAAACAAGCCAUAUUGCUAAGAGAAGGAUAGUAAGCUGCUUAGAAAGAACCAGCCUGUGUUGGAAGCAAUUCUCUUCUAGAGAUUUUACCUUAUUUUCCUGGCUUGUACUAACUGAAUGUAAGUGGUUAGUUUGUUCAGAGUUUAUUGCCUUUUGAUGCCACCCCAAACUACAGUUCUGUGUGACUUUCCAUAUUGAAAGAGUAGGGUCAGUAGCCAGGUUGUCAGUCUUUUACAAAUGUCUACAUAAAUCUGAAAGUGGUUUAUAUUCAACGUUAGGUUUUCAGUAGCGUCUCAUCCUUAUUGAUUCACUAUUACUGUGAAAAGUGAAAUCCAAAAGCCAGGUUCCCCCAGAAAGUUUUUUUUUUUAAAUUUUAGGUGACCAAAAUAAAUAGAAAAAGACUAAUAUAAAAAAUAUCUUCAACUAUUCCAUUUUAAAUUGAAAGCAGAAAAAAAAAAAUUGUGCCCAUCAGACCUAAAGGCAGCUUUAAGUGUAUAUAGUUCGGUGAAACAUUUGGGAAAUAUUAAUUUGGAGGUUUAGAAGCAUACCGAAAAACAAAUUCAAAGCACUUGAAAGUAAAGACAAUACCAUGGGGUCGAAAAAUCUUCAAAAGGAUAUUAGAUAAGAGAAAAUGUGAAUGAAAGCAAUGAAUUUCUGCCUCUCCCCAUAUUUAGGGUACUUAAAAUUACUAGAAAAUACAGUCUUUUUACCGUAGAGCUAGAUGGCCUGUAUUAUUCUUAAUGUGGCCAAAGGAGUGAAGACUGAUUAGGGUUUUAGAAUUUGGAACUGUAGUCACAUGAAGGCAUCUUUUGCAUUUCUUAAACCAGUAAUCUACAUUUUCUCCUGGAAAUGGAGAAAUAUAAAAUGUGCUGUGCAUAGCUUUUGGAAUAGAAAACAACGUUUUAAAAGAAUGGAUAUGUUUUCUUGCACAACUUGUAAAAUUUUAAUUAAAAAAUUACCUCAUUUUUCUACCCAUAAGGUGCUUUGCUCAAGUUUGUGGGAUAUUGUACCAUCCCAUAAAAACCCCCUUCACCCAAACUGUAUUUGAAAUAUGCAGAAUUCAUAACCAAGGGAUAGCAUUCCUUGGAGAUUUUGUUUUGUUUUACUCUUGUUUACCACCAGCUGGGCCAACAUGGUAGAUAUAUCAGAUACACGUACGGGCUUCAUUAAAGCACAUAGGAAAGUGCUCAGUCAAUAUUUAAUUAGUUUAAUUAAAUAAGGGAAAGGAGAAAUCCUAAACUGGAUUGAUUCUAUUGUACUGUGAAUAUAUUUCCAUCAGUGUUGGUGAGAUAUCAAAUGACCAUCAGUUGAUCCCAGUCAUCAGUGACUUUUUUGCAUGUGUAAGCCCCAUUCACAAGAGACCAUAAUCAUUUUAAUCUUUAUAUUUUCCCUCAGGAAAUGUAGGGACUCCGAAAGCCCCUAUUUUAUUCUCUUGGAGUAAACUGUUGAGUGUAGUUACAAAAACUUGUAUUUAUGAUUUUAAAAAAGUUUAACUGCUAUUUCAUUGAAAGUGUGAAAUAAAAUGGUCAUUUUUUUUUUCAAUUACAGAACAGUUACAGAUUUUACCAUGUUCAUCUAUUCCACAGAGCAUGUUAAAAACAACAACAACAAAAACCUAACAGCAAUUACAACCUCAGCGUUGGGUUUAUUCUAAUCAGAGUGAAUGAUUAUAAUCACACUUUGCUAUUUUAACAUAAAUUGGUGCUUUAGAGCAUUAAAGAGGAAGCAGCAGGCCCUGUACUCAAUAUUUAUUAUUUCUUGCCUCAGAAUGCAAAACAACUUUAAAGUGUCUGUAUUCGUAUUUAUGUGUAUUUCUUAAGAUUUAAAUACAAACUGUUGUUACUCCUCAAGCUUCAGGCUUUCUACGAAAUCUCUAAGAAUAUUUUAGUUACUAUGCUUGGUCAACUAGAAGAUGGUAUUAAUAGGUCAGAAUUAGGAAUUGGAUCGAUCUGUGGGUCCUCUGGUAUUGUGCAGAGGAAAGAAAAAUGUCUUUUACACCACAAACUGCGCGUCUGAACCCCAGCCAAACAGAUGUGUUCCAUUGGUCCAAUAUAUAAGCAUUAACAACAACAACAAAAAUUUAAAUCAAGUAAAUUAAUGCAUUCACAUUAUCACUUCUUGAAAAUGGUUCAAAGCAUGUUUUCCUGAUGGUGGGAUUGUUUAAAUGCCAUGUUUUAAAGUUUUUAAUACUUUAUUACUGUUAUGAAGUGCUUCUUUUAUAUGUUAAGUUUAGGUUGCCAGUACUCGUAAUUUUUAUUUCUGCAAUUAUGUUAUAAUGAGUUGUUUGCAUGCCUAUUUAACCCAAGUAAAAGGAUGCUGUUUGCUCUGGAAUGUUCAUCUUUUAGACAGGUUUUGGCUCAUUUCCAAUCAUGGUGCAAUAUAGUGUAACUUUCAUUUGUUUUCAUUCAACAGUUUUAUUUUUGUCAUAAUAAAUAAUUACUUUUCCAAUA